AUGGAUACGAAAAUAAAGGUGCCACACCUUCCGAAGCCCAGAGUGCUGCUGUGGGUAGAUGCAAGCUUCAACGAUAUGGAGGAGAUUGACAAAAUGCAGUCCCUUCCCGAUUUGGAGAGUGCGUUGGGUCGUGUGUUUCGUGUUGAGGCUCCCGAGCCGAGGAGAGGCGUCCUGUUGGAGCUGUACGUCCGGACGGUGCUGUUCUGCAGACGGAACGGCUUCAACCGAGCACAAACCUCCGCCCUCCUGUCAAUCACCAGGCGCGUGCACGAGGCCAACAUAGACACAUCACUCAAUAACACGGAACAGUGUUUGGAGUACUGCAGCGAGCUGCUGCUCUGUCACAGCGUCCGGCGACCCCCCUUUAGCGUCGAUCUCUACAGCUACCAGGAAGUGGCCAGGAUCCUGGAGUACAUCCAGGGCACCUACAUCAGACACCACAACCUCUACAAGUAUAUUUUCACGCCUCAGGUACGACUGGAUCUGUCUCUGGUUUACCAUGGGAUGCCAGAGGAAGCCCACCUGAACACUGAGGACUCUGAAUCUCCGGAAGAGGGAAAGGAGCUGGAGAAAGACUUAGAGAUGGGAGAAGGAAAAGAUGGUCCUUCUGAACCUCAGGAACCCCCGACUGCUGAACCAGAGGUCACCACACCAGGCUCCAGGUCAGAGUUGACAGCUUUGAUUCAGCAGGCAGUCGAAGAGGAAGUGACGCGUGUGUCUGUUCACCUCGAGCAGAGACUGAAGGAGAGCGAAGAACAGCUGAACACCGCGUUGGCCUCGCUACAGCUCAACCUCCAGGGCAGGAAGUAAAGGGUAAAAUAAUCAUGGAAAAGAGAAAACUCGUGUCCUGUAUUUCAAUGGAAUUUUUGUUUAUUUUUUUUAAGCAUUCAUCAUUUUGUAGUAUUUCUCUCAUCUGUUUGAAUCUUUUACUGCAGUCCCUUCUAAUGGCCAUGAAGUCAAACCAUGACUACACACACACCCACCCACACACA